GCGCGCUUCCUGCCGGUUCGUUCAAGGGCGGGGCUUCCGCCUGGACCGAGGAGGGAGCGUUCACCUGCCGCGCAGGAGUAACUUUUCCGUAUUUGCUGUCCAGCUGUAGUCAACGCGAAAGCGUAGCGUCGAGAGUUUUCUGAUUCUCUUUGCACAAGCAUCUUCUCUGCGGUCGUACAGGCAGUGACUGGGUCAUGCCGAACUCGCGGUCCAGGCCUCGCCGGGGCGCGGGGAAUGGCGCUGGCACUGCAGGCCGGGACGAGUUGGUGUCGCGGUCCUUGCAGAGCGCAGAGCAUUGUCUGGGCACCCAGGACUUUGGCACUGCUUAUGCCCAUUACCUCCUGGUGCUCAGCCUGGCGCCGGAGCUGAAAGAGGACGUGAAGGAAACUUUCCAGUAUACACUCUUGAGAUGGGCUGAAGAGCUGGAUGCACUCAAUCGAACACAAGACUUGCUUGGUUGCUAUGAGCAGGCCUUGGAACUUUUUCCUGAUGAUGAAGUAAUUUGCAAUAGUAUGGGGGAACAUCUCUUCAGAAUGGGCUUUAGAGAUGAAGCAGCUGGGUAUUUUCAUAAAGCAGUGAAACUAAACCCUGAUUUCAAUGAUGCAAAGGAGAAUUUUUAUCGUGUUGCAAACUGGCUGGUGGAACGCUGGCACUUUAUCAUGCUUAAUGACACCAAAAGGAAUAUGAUUUAUAAUGCAGCAAUCCAAAAGGCAGUAUGCUCAGGGUUUAAAAAUGUUUUGGACAUUGGAGCAGGAACUGGAAUUCUGAGCAUGUUUGCUAAAAAAGCUGGAGCACACUCUGUGUAUGCCUGUGAGUUAUCUAAAACCAUGUAUGAACUUGCCUGUGAUGUAGUGGCUGCAAACAAGAUGGAAGCAGGAAUAAAACUCCUACAUAUGAAGUCACUUGACAUAGAAAUUCCAAAACACAUUCCUGAAAGAGUGUCCCUAGUUGUAACCGAAACUGUCGAUGCAGGUUUAUUUGGAGAAGGAAUUGUGGAGAGUUUGAUUCAUGCUUGGGAGCAUUUACUUUUGCAGCCAAAGACCAAAGGUGAAAAUAGUAAUUGUGAUAAGUAUGGGAAAGUUAUACCAGCAAGUGCUAUCAUAUAUGGGAUGGCAGUAGAAUGUGCAGAGAUAAGAAGACAUCAUAGAGUGGGCCUUAAGGAAAUAGUUGGUAUCCAUUUGCCAAUAAAUGUGAAAUUUCAGAGUCCAGCUUAUUCUUCUGUAGAUACUGAAGAAACAGUUGAACCUUAUACAACUGAAAAGAUGAGUCGAGUUCCUGGAGGAUAUUUGGCUUUAACGGAAAGUUUUGAAAUUAUGAAAGUAGAUUUCAACAAUCUUCAGGAAUUAAAAAGUCUUGCAACUAAAAAACCUGAUCCAAUUAGUAUUCCUGUUGUUAAAGAAGGCACACUAGAUGCUAUUGUGGUUUGGUUUGUGCUUCAACUUGAUGAUGAACACAGUUUAUCCACAAGUCCUAGUGAGGAAACGUGUUGGGAACAGGCUGUUUAUCCUGUGCAGGACCUUCCAGACUACUGGAUGAAGCCUGGGGAUCAUGUGACUAUGGCAGUGUCUUGUCAAGACUGUUAUCUAAGAAUCCAAAGUAUCAAUAUUUUGGGUUUGGAACAAGAAAUGGAAGUUACAAAAAGUUUUACUAAGACUACAGACUUACUGUCUUUAGGAAAUGAGGCUGAACUCUGUAGUGCCCUGGCUAAUCUUCAGACCAGCAAACCAGAUGCUGGAGAGCAAAUAUGUGUAUUGGAAUCCUCAGAAAUUGCUUUGCUUAAUAACAUCCCAUAUCAUGAAGGCUUUAAAAUGGCAAUGAAGAAGGUGUUCUCUUCAUUGACUCCAGAAAAACUGUGUCAGGUAAUGGAUCCUCACUAUCAGGAUAAUGAAAUGAGCUGUGGAACUGGAAGGCAUAACACCAUGCAGAGCACCCCUGAACCUUUCUAUGUGUUAGAUGUGUCUGAAGGCUUCUCUAUUCUGCCUAUAAUUGCUGGCACACUUGGGCAGGUUAAGCCUUACAGUUCUGUGGAGAAAGACCAGCAUCGUAUUGCUCUGGACCUCAUAUCUGAAGCCAGUCACUUUCCUAAAGAAACCCUUGAAUUUUGGCUGAGACAUGUGGAGGAUGAAUCUGCUGUGUUGCAAAGACCCAAAUCAGACAAGUUGUGGAGCAUAAUCAUACUGGAUGUCAUUGAGCCAUCUGGGCUCAUUCAGCAGGAAAUAAUGGAAAAAGCUGCAAUAUCAAGGUGUUUACUACAGUCUGGAGGCAAGAUCUUUCCUCAGUAUGUUCUGAUGUUUGGGCUGCUGGUGGAAUCACAAACAUUAGUGGAAGAGAAUGCUGUUCAAGGACUGGAACGCACCCUUGGGUUAAAUAUAGCACCUUUUAUUAACCAGUUUCAGGUGCCUAUCCGUGUAUUUUUGGACCUGUCUUCAUUGCCCUGUACACCUUUAAGCAAGCCAGUGGAACUCUUAAGACUAGAUUUAAUGACUCCAUAUUUGAACACCUCCAACAGAGAAGUGAAGGUACGCAUUUGUAAAUCUGGACAAGUGACUGCUAUUCCAUUUUGGUACCAUAUGUACCUUGAUGAAGAGAUUAGGUUGGACACUUCAAGUGAAGCCUCCCACUGGAAACAGGCUGCAGUUGUGUUAGAUAAUCCCAUCCAGGUUGAAAUGGGAGAGGAACUUGUUCUUAGUGUUGAGCACCAUAAAAGCAAUGUCAGCAUCACAGUGAAGCAGUGAGGAGAAUUUUUGUAGUGAAAAUUGUUUAGAGUAUCACCACAAAGUUCUUGUCUGAAUUAGUGGGAUUGUAAUCAUAAAGUGGGUACAUAAAAUUUAACUCCUUGUAAUUUUUAAAAUAUAACAUUAAUAAAGCACAUUUUAAAAGAUCAUAAAAAAUAGCAUUAUUUUAAAACUUGUUGCACACUUGCUUUCAGGAAAAGGACACAUCAUUAGUUUUUUUAAAAUUUAGGUACUUUAGUUUUACUUGAUUUUAUAUGGAUUUCUUUUUGUGUGUGUGGUACUGGGGUUGAACCCAAAGGCACUUUACCACUGAACUGUAUCCCCAUCCCUUUUUUAUUUUUAAAUUUUGAGACAGGGUCUCUCUAAGUUGCUGAGGUUGGCUUUGAACUUAAAAUCUUGUCACAGCCCCCUGAAUUGCUGGGAAUAGAUAUUUACUCCACUGUACCUAGCAAUUUAAUAGAUUUUAAGUCUUGUCCGUUUUGUCAUGUGUCUGUAAGUAAAGCAAACUUUUAAUUUUUUAGGCAUCUUACAUUUAGAAAACAUCUAAAAGUAGGCUUCCACUGAAGACUUAGGGUUAUGGUUACCUGUAAACCCCUUGCUUCUUUUAAAUACUCAAAUGUAUUUAAAAUGUACAUGAAUUAAGGAAUAAAUUUUCCCCCACUUUGGCAAAGAAAAAUUAAAAAGCUGAUAACAAAACAAAGUUUAAGGAUUAAACCUAAACUAGUACUAGUUUAAUCCUAAAUUAGUACUUUUCAGUUUUGAUUUGGAUACUCAAUAAGAAAUAUAAUAAUUCUUCCCAUUUUUAGACUUUUGAAAUAGGGAACUUAUUGUCAUGCUUUAUAAGAAAGGCACAAAGAUGAUUCUUUGUACAAAACUAUUAUUAUACUCAUAGCUUUUUUUAAGUUAAAUUUUAUUGUGUGUAUUUAAGAUACACAACAGAUUUUAGGACAAAGAUAGUAAAGAGUUACAGUAAAGUAAAUUAACAUACAUCAUUUCAGUUACCUAGUUUUUAUUUUUGUGGCAAGAGCAGCUUAGAUCUCAUAUAGCAUGAUUCCCACAUUUUAUUACCUGCUAUCCUAUAUUGAACAUUAGCUCUCUAGACUUAGGCAUUCUGUGUGUCUGCUGUGUCCUCUGACUUACAUUUCCCCCAUUUGCUGCCCACUUGCACUGCCCUUUGUCCACUAUUGUUUCAUUCUGUAUCUCUGUAUAUUUGAAUUUUCAAAUGGCAAGGUGUUAUUCUUUUUAAGGGCUGAAUACAACUCUUACAUAAAUCCACCAGUUUCUUUAUUCAUCCAUGCACAGGUAAUUAGGUUGUUUCCAUCACUUGGCUAUUGUGAUACUGCUGAUUGAUGAGCAUAGAUUUGCAGGUGUCUCUAUGGCGGUGAUUUUAUUUCCUUCGGGUAUAUGCUGAGAAGAGGGAUUGCUGGGUCACAUAGUUUCAUUUUAAAUCUCUUCAGAAACCUCCAUAUGUUUUCCAUAAUGGCUGUACCAAUCUGCAUUCCCAAGAGUGUACAACUCCCUGUUCUCCAUAACUUUGUCAGCAUGUUAUCUUUUGACCUUUUGAAAACAGCCAUCCUAACAGGUAACAGGUGAGUGUUGGUACCUUAGUGGUUUUGAGUUGCAUUUCCUUAAUGAUAUGAAGAACCUUUUCAUGUACUUGUUGGCUGUUUUCAUGUCUUCUGUGUAGCUAUAUCUAUUCAGACCUUUUGCCCAUUUUUAAUAGGAUUAUUUUUCUACCAUUGAGUUGUUUGACAUUUUAGAUGUUAACCCCUAUUAGAUAUAUUCUUUGCAGAUAUUCUUUCCCCUUCUGUAGGCUGCCAUUAUAUUUUGAUUAUUCCUUUGCUGUGCAGCUUUUUAGCUUGAUGUACAGUUGUCCCUCGGUAGGGGAUAGGGUCCAGGAUCACCCACACAAACCAGAGUAUUAUGUCAAAUAGUGCAGUAUUUGUAUAUUUCCUGUAUACAUCCUUCCUUACACUUUAAAUCAUCUCUAGUUCAUUUAUAAUACCUAAUACAGUGUAAGCAUUAUUUAGUUCUUACACAGCAUAAAUAUUGUACACAGUAGUAGUUAUACCAUUUUGUUCAGGGAAUGAUGGCAAGUAUGUGUUCAAUAUAGAUCUAGAGUUGAUAAGAAUCUAUAGAUGGAGAAUAUGUGAAUUGAAGGGCCUCUUGCAGUUCCAUUUACUUAUUUUUGCUUUGGGGGCCUAAACUUUUGGUAUGAUGUUCAAAAAGUCAUGGAGCUGUCUUUGUUCUUUCAAGAGUUUUAUACUUGCUGGUUUUACAUUUACAUUUCCUACGCAUUUAAAAUUUUUGUGUCUGGUAUAAGAAAGAUUCCAGUUUCAUCCUUUGCUUGUGUAAAUUCAGUUUUCUCAGCACAAUUUAUUGAGAAGACUGUCCUUUUCCCAUUGUGUCAUCUUGGUGCUCUUGUCAACAAUUAUUUAUGGUCUCUCUGUUCUGUUCCACUGGUCUGAGUGUCUGUUUUUAUGCCCAUCCCGUACUGUUUUGAUUACUACAGCUUUGCAUUUUUCUUUUUAAAUUGGUUCUCAUAAUGUUGCCCAGGCUGAUCUUGAACUCCUGGGCUCAGGUGAUCCUCCUGCCUCAGCCUCCUGAGUAAGCUGGGACUAUAGUCAUGAGCCUCUGCACCUCGCUUGUAAUACAAUUUUAAAUCAGGAAAUGUAAUGACUCCAAUUUUUUCUUACUUGGAAUUGUUUUUUCUAUUUGGGGUCUUUUGUGUUUCCAUGUUAAUCUUAGGCUUUUUUUUUUUUUAAGAAGGCUACUGGAUUUUGAUAGGAAUUACAUUACAUAGGGUAUCUUUCCAUUUGUUUACAUCUUCAAUUUCUUUCAUCAAUGUAUUAUAGUUUUUCAGAUCCCUGGUUAAUUUACCUCUUAAGUAUUUUGAUACUAUCAUAAAUGGAAUUGUUUUCUUGUUUUUCAGUUAAGCCAUUAUUUGUGUAUAAAAAUGUUGCUGGGUUUUGUAUCUUGCUCAUUUAUUCUGAUCCUGUUUUGUGGAAUCUUUGAGGUUUUUAAUACAUUACCCAACUUUCUUUCAAUAGAAAUGUUUAAUUUAUAAUAGUGGACAGAAUGAAGACUUUGUACCUGAAUUACUUUUAUGAAAUAUACACAUAUGAAUGUGUGCAUGUGUGUAUAUAUAAAGCAAAGGGUUUGAAGCAAAAGUUUUGAGAAACAACUCAUCUUUGAUAUUUGCAAGAUACUACCAUGCCACUUUCUUUUUAUAGUAUAAACAUGACUAGCAAUUAGAGAAACUGCAUACUAAAUAAAAAAUUUCUCCCAAAUAACACCUACAAGUCUUUUAAGUAUGGUUUAAUGAAUAAUCAAGAUCAUUCAGCCAAGAUUUACAUUUGCUGCCACUUUUAAUAGCACUGAGGAAAAACUUGUUUCACUUUUUUGCUCUGUGCCUCUAAUCAAAAAAUUUUUGUUAAAGCAUUAGGUUUUAAAGAAUGAGAGACAUAAAAAGUUGCAGAAAAUAAAUGAUAAACUCUUCUUUAUUGAAAGACAUUCAGUUGGGAAGUAGAGAAAUAAUUGUUAGGUAAGCUUAUAUGGCACAUGAUUAUGAUUAAGUUCCACUAAUUUCUGAAUUUAUGCUUUCUGUCCAGAGCAUUGUAUUCAUGCAGCAGUAGUAGGAAGCACUGAUUUUUAAAUUUUCCUCAUUUAGGUCCAUCCUCUUGAUAAUGCAGUGUAACAUCAGGAGCAUUUUAGCUGUAGUCAUUUUCUACCAUUUGAGUAUUGAUGUUCUAGUGUUGAGAAAUCAAGUCUAAGUCUAGGAAAUUUAGACUGAUUAUUUGUGAUAUACAAAACUCACGUGUAUAAAUCCUGUAGUUGUACUUGGUUUUCACCUGUGUUUAUGUUGAAAUUUUCCAUCAUUCAUGGCUUGUCCCAAGCACAAAAUCCUGAGCCAAGGGACACCAGGCUCAGGCUUAGAAUAACAUGGUUGUAGCAGUUUGCUUCUGCACACUGUUCAGGAGUCCACAGAUUUACCUAAAGGCUCUUUUUUUUUCUCUUCUGUAGCAUCAUUAAGUAUUUCCUCACAUAUCUUAGCUGUAGUAGGUGUAGUCUGUGGAGUCACAGUGUGUCCAAAACCUUGGUAGUGACCCAUGGGUGAAGGUGGCAUAGAAGAGGCAACAGAAAUUGCAUCUUGUGAUGAUGAAGAUAACAAGCUUGUGUGUUCAUUUUGAUCUUGAUCCUCAGGAAAAAAUUUUUUCCUAGGAUGUCCCCUGACUGUCCGUCCUUUGAAGUAAUACAAAAGUUUUCACAUUAGCCAAAAGGUAUUUUAGCCAUUAUAAAGCUUACCAUUAUAAAAAGAAGCUCCCCACUACCCCCUGUUUACCUCCCCUCCCCAAUUUGAAGGGCUUGUACUUUAUUACUGCUUUAAAUAUUUGUUUGUUUCAUUUCUUAAAUAACUAGUAAAUGGCCUAGGUAGGAGAAAUAGAGUAAUCUACUUCUUCAGAAGAAUUAAGUCACUGGUACUUACCAACAUGCCUCACUUGUUCAGAAAUAUCAUCUCUGAUAUCUGAAACAUCCCACAUGGCAAGGAAGGAAUCAAAGCAUGAGCCCUCUUCUGCUUCUUGGACAUAUGGUUUAUAGGAGAAUGUGUAGUGAUGAGCAAUAGCAGCAAGGAACAUCUCAAUACAGAUAAUAAAGUCCUAUAACAACAACAGCAACAAAAUUAGCAUCAUUGUACUUAAAUCUAGUUUUCUAAAUUGCUAUUAUUCUCCAAGUACUUUUCAAAAGUACGUUAAGUGUCAACAGUUUUUUUCCCCCAUAUUAUAUCCAUUUUUCCACUUUUCAAACAACACUAUCUCAAUCAAGUACUUUAGCAGCAAAGAACACUGUGUUCUCAAUACAUCACCCAAGGACUAAGAGGGAAACUACAGAAAGAUGUGAACUAGGAAGAUCAAAAACCAGGUUUUAUUUCUGGUUGUUACAAAUGAGUAGUUACAGCUGAUUUCUCUAGGGUUUCCUCACCUGUUGAGUGAAGAUAAUAGUUAUGGCCCCAUAGUCUGCAUGUUGUCAUGUUUAGUGAGAUUAUAUAUAUAAACACUUAACAAAUAGUGAAGUUCUAUUGAGUUCAGAGACCAAGCAUUACUUACCUGGAGUCCUGUGGCCACGGCUUCUACUGUUUGCCAUUCCCACGUAUGCUUUUCAGAAAUAACGCCAACUUUUACCAACAAAGCAAUAACUACUGCUUGCCUAUAUGUUAGGAAAAGGUAAACGCCAAAUCUAUAUCAAGCAUAAAAUGAGCAGUUGUUUUAAAAAUAUUCCAUUUAAAAAAGCUAAAAUCCCAGUGUAACUUGUGGACCACCACCCCCUGCCUGCACAGCAUAUUCCUCAAUAAACUAUAUUAAAUAUACUUAUUUCCUUUAUGGAUUCACUCUUCAAUUACACAGUUUCAUCUGAUGAAUUUUGAUUAUGUAUUCUCAGAACUUUAGUACUUGGUUUACAUAUUUUUUUUUGCUUUGAAAGUAUGUACAAAUAAUUAGAUUUUAAGUUCUUUCUAUACAUAGAUGGUGAUUAACACCUUGUAAAAUAGGCACUUAAGAUGAAAUAAAGGACACUCAAA